AUGGGAAAGCAUAAGAGCACCCUCCGAGAGCGCCUCACACGCGCCAUCACCGAGAGCGCCUCAUCGCGCAUCCCGGUGAGCAAUCGGCCUUUCGAGGCAACGGCGCGCCCGAAGCCGCCAGACGAUCAGGCAGCCAACCAGCCAACCGCCGCCGUCCAGGAAGCAUCCGCGCCGACAACGCCCGCAGUCCGACGACCGCCGACCAUCCGUCAGCGGACCACCCGCUUGCGGCAAGAGCGACUGUACGAGACGGCCCCUUCCAGCGCAACCACCGCCCGUCAAGCCACACUUCUGGCCACCUUCGGAUCCACCCUCUCGGAUCUCGACGACGACGAUGACGAGGACAACGGCCGCGAGGGAACCGCCGAGCGCACCGCGGCCGCGCCUGAGUCCAUGCCGGACAUAGCGUCGCUGACGAUCGCGGGGCCCAGCGCGGCGCCGCCAGGGACGGCCCCAUCGGCACCGCCUCCCGCAACACUGCCCACACCACCGCCAACGCCGUUGCCGAUGACGCCCGCGCCGCCGCCGACACGGCCAGCGCUCCUGCCGAUGACGCCAGCGCCGCUACCAACGCUGCCAGCUCCACUACCAGCUCCGGGGUAUUUUACCGGACCCCCGCUGCCGGAAUUCACCCCAGCAGCGUCACCGCCGCCCGGACCACCGGUCCCGCCAGCCGUCGCCAUUCCGGAGGGGCCCUUCCCUGAGGACGCCCUCCGAAUCGUGCCGUGGAACCGCAUCCGCCCGGGACAACGGCAAUUAUGGUGUGAGCCAUGUAAUCCAGAAACAGCAACACAAGCAAAUCCUGAAGCGAAUAAGAACGAGCGAAGAAUAUCCUUAAGCUAA